ACAGGUGUGUGUUUUACAGGUGGCGGCGGUGUUGGUAGUGGCAGCGGCUGGGGAGAAAGUGCAGCCCGACCUUGACGUGACCCCCUUCUCCAGGCCUCCCCACGACACCCUCCAACCCCCCCAGAAAAACCUUCACCCCCACAUGUUAGAGAAACGAGUAUUGGAGGAUCAGCAGCUGGAGGACGAGCUCGCAGACCUGGAGGAGAUGCCUCAUCCUCGCCUUGUGAAGGAUCGACAACGAUUGAAGAAGGUGACUGAAAACACGUAUCCUACAAAACACAAAAGUGGAGUGGAGCCACCAAGCCUGUCCGAGGGUCUACCUGCACCUAACCCACACCUGGUCCAUCAAGACUCCAACCCUUCCUCACAAGAGUCUCUCCACCACUUCUCAGGGGAAGAAGGGGGGAAGCAUCAUGCUACAGGUGACGUAGCCUCACAACAUAGUAUGACCGGUGUUCUUCACAACACACAAGGAGAUACUCACCACAACACACAAGGAGAUACUCACCACAACACACCACAAGAAUCUCACCACGUUACUGAGAGCACCUUCGACCAGACUACGAUGCCCUUUGCCUGGACGGAAAGCUCAGAGAUAGAUUUCGAACCCACUGUUGGAACUGAACGUAACCCAGGGAUGGAAGUGGUACAAGAACCUGUAGUUCUACCCGUGACGGAGGGCAAGAACCGCGGCCAAGAACCCAUCGUCCACUAUGGUCUUCCCAAGGAACUGCUGCCCAUACACCCGGGCGGUGGGUCCAGGUUCGAUGACCUGGAGAGAGAGAAGCUGGAGAGAGCGAAAAUGGCCCAGACAAAGGCUGACGAAGAGGACACUGAUAAUGGCACCUCACAUGAUGCAGAGGGAUUAUAUAGUUCAGCUGCGUCUCUCUGUUUCUCCUCCUUAAUUUUUUCAUUUUCCUAUCUGAGAAUACUAAUUUAAGGUGACACUGAUUGAAUGUAUUUAGUCGUAUGAAUUUCAGAACCAUUCCAGUACUUUACACAAUAUACAAAUUUAAUAUUCACUCACAUUACUCUGAGCACCAAGAUAAUGCUUCAGUCGUUACAAUAUAAAGCUGGAACAUUCAGAAAUUCACUCGAGUAUUGGAUCAUGCUGUUAAUGCUUGUUUUAUUGUUUGUUUUUGUCAUAUAUCCAUAUGUAUAUCUUUAUCUGUGCAAACUUCGUUGUAGUUCAUAGUGACAAGUUAAAUGUUUUGGGGAUAUAAAAUGGUUACAAUUUA